AUGAACAAACUGACGCAAUACGGAAACUCAUGGCGGAUAUGGAGACCUUUCAACAAGAAAAUACGGAAGAUUGCUAUACAAGGAAGAAAAAGGCGGAAGACGAGAAAUAGGAGCCCUGACAGAAGAAGAACCACAAACCCACGCGGAAAGAGUCCGCAUCAAAGAAACUCGGGUAGAGAAGAACCUCCUAUCGGUGAAAUCAGCACCAUAGCUGGAGGAUAUGGUGGAGGGGGAACGUUCUACUCGGCACGAAAGGCCCAUGCAAGGAGGGCCAGAUAUGAAGAGGUAUUCUCAGCCUACAAACCAUCCCUUAACAACAGGGAUCAAACCAGGGAAUACCUUAUAACUUUUAGUGAAAAAGAUGGAGAAGGUUUGUCACGCCCCUAUGAUGACGCUCUGGUAGUAACAGCACAAAUUUCUAACUAUCGAACUAGAAGAGUACUAAUUGACAAAGGCAGCUCUGCCGACGUCCUCUUCUGGGAGGCAUUCACUAAAAUGAAGAUCGCUCCCUAUCGAUUGCGACAUGCACCUACGCCCCUCAAAGGCUUCACAGGGGACACAAUCCAGCCAGUCGGAGCAAUGACUCUAUCCAUAUUAGUUGGAAUGGCCCCCAAAACAACGUCUCUUAUGGUAGAUUUCCUGGUGGUGAAAGCCUCAUCUUCAUACAAUGCGAUUCUUGGAUGUCCAUCCUUGAAUAAGAUGAAGGUUGUAACCUCAACGUAUCAUCUAAAGGCUCUUGAGGAAGACCACAUGAGAACAGUCUUACCUCCACCUCCAGCUUUGACAGAACUAUAUAGAGAAGUGAGGGACGAAGAGGCGCUGAGGCAGGCAGAGCCCAACGAACCAUUAGUUUUGAUACCAGUGGAUCCUGAAAAAUCAGAACGAACUGUGUGA